ACACUUACACACACAUAAAAAAUGGUUAAGGUUUCAGUUUUAUUGUGUUUUGUUUUGUUGGUUGUAAUCAUGGUUAGUGCAUCAUUUGCCGAAAACAAUAAAGUGAAAUCGACUGAUUUGAAGAAAGUCAAAGGACAAGAAACUGAUCAGUCGAUUAAGGUAAAUGAUGACGGUGAGCAUGACGAUGACCACGAUCAUGAUCAUGACAAUGAUAAUGAUGCUGAUCAUGAUAAUAACCACGACCAUAAUCAUGACAAUGAUGAUGACGACGAUCAUGAUCAUGACAAUGAUAAUGAAGAUGAUGAUGAUAAUGAUAAGGAUGAUCAUGACGAUGACAAUAAAGGUGGUGAUGAUAACGAUAACGAUGAUGGUGAUAACGAAGAUGAUGAAAAGGAAAAAGUGGGGGUAUAUGAGCUAAAGAAGGGGAGUCUGACUGUCAAAUUUACGAAUCGCGGUGCUUCUAUCAUAUCUCUCUUUUACCCCGAUAAAAAUGGAAAGAUGGAAGACGUCGUUCUUGGGUAUGAUAGCGUCAGUGAGUACAUGAAUGAUACUGUAUUUUUUGGAGCGACUGUGGGACGUGUAGCCAAUAGAAGAGAAAAGACCGAUGCCAACGAUGCUAAAAACACAAUUCAUGGUGGGAUGAAAGGGUUUGGUCGUCAUGCGAUUUGGAGAGUUGCGAAACACAGAUAUAAUGGCAAGAAACCUUAUAUUGUUUUCACCUACACAAGUACUGAUGGCGAUCAAGGGAAACUAGACGUCACCGCGACGUAUACAUUGCUCGGAGAAAACCAAAUGAAAUUGGUGAUGGAAGCAAAGGCUAGAGAGAAAGCAACUCCUGUGAAUUUAGUUCAUCAUUCUUAUUGGAAUCUUGGUGGUCAUAUCAAUGGUGGUAUAUUGUCUGAAGAAAUUCAAAUUCUCGGUUCCGGUUAUGCUCACGCCGACGAAAAUCUCAUCCCCAGAAAAAUCCUCUCCGUUAAAGGAACAUCAUACGAUUUUCUCAAACUCCGACCUAUUAAAGAUAACAUCGAUGAGAUUAAGCCAGGGCACGGCAUAAAUUAUUGUCUGGACGGUGUUGCUAACCAGAUCAGAAAAGUCGUGGUGCUUGUGGACAAAAGAUCGAAGAGAAAAAUGGAGUUAUCUACAGACCAAGCUGGUCUAAAGUUCUAUACCGGAAGAAACUCGAAGACAAUAAAAGGGAAAAACGGUUCGGUUUAUAAAGCUUACUCUGGUUUAUGUCUAGAAACACAUAGUUUCUCCAAUGCAAUCAAUAAUCAGUAUCUUCCUUCGCAGAUAGUUAAACCGGGUGGAAAAUAUAAGCAUACUUUGCUCUUUAAGUUUUCUAUCGUUCCCUAAACUUUGUAACUUUCUGGAAGUUUAUAUGACCAGAAACAUAAUAAAAAUCAAAACCUUAAUUAUAUGGAUUUGGGCUAA